UAUUAAUGAAAGCACUGUUUGUAAUAUGCUUGCUUUCUGUAGCGACCCUGGUAGCUACAGAAACGUUUCAAGGGGUAGUUGAGAAGGUUUACUCUUCAAAGGGACUGAUUGAUCAUUACAAGAGUAUUAUUAAGAGAUCUUAUGCUACCUUUGAGAACUCUGAUAUGGGAACUGUUAGCGACAAUACAGGAUUUUGGAUCUUUGGAACAUCAAUGACGAUUAAAAAGACUUCUGUAGAUGCUAUGUCUUUUGGAGAUAUUGCUGGUGUUAACUAUGCUGACAAUGAAUACGUAUUCUCGGUAAAUCCUUUCGUUGGAGAUCUGCAUUACACAUGGAGUUAUAAUAUUGCUGUGGCUCCCUUCAGCCAUAAAUCUGUAUGCAAGUUCACUGUUAAACCAUACAAGCUUAAGAUCAAGUUUGACCUUGUAAAAGACAAACUCAGUGUUGAUAGACAUAUUGAGUAUUCCCAACCUCCUACUUUGGAAUGUGACGACAAAGAUAUUGAGGAUAAAUCCCAGUAUAAAUGGAUGAAAGAACUUAGAGAUACUACCUAUACUGAAAAACUUGGUGAGUACUUCCAGAAAGCUAUUAAUACUUGGUUAGAUAAGGUAGAUACAGUCUUUAUCGCAUCUACUCAAGCUACUCUCGACGACCUUGAUUUUGCCUUGAAGCCUCAUCUUAAAGAAAUUAGUCCAGGAUCUGGAGCCACCUUACAGAUUGGUUAUAACUACGAUAUUACUUUGAUGAAAAAGAAGGCUACCCCAGUCCCAACUCAGGAGAGAAAAACUCUACAAAGCGGAGGAGAUUUGACUAUGUACUUCUUUGAGGAAUUCUUCCAGUCCAUGCUUGAGCUAGAUAAGAAAACUGUCUCUUUCUGGACAGCAAUCAGCCAAGCUAAUCUUCCUGAUGGAAGCACCUUUGGAAUGACUGCUAAUGAUUUUAGAUAUAUUAUUGACGGCAUGAACAAAUACUCUAAGGAUACUCCAAUUGAUGUAGGAUGUGAAUAUGGAGAAUCUGAUCCAUUAGUUCAGUUAAACACUACAGGAGUUCAUCUUGUAAUGCCUAUUGCCUGUAGUUUGAGAGCUGGAACUAGCAAAGUAUUAGAUGCUACCUUCACCAUGACAGUCACCUCUCAACCAGCCAUUGAUAGUAAUGGAACUGUGAGUUUGAAAAACCCUACCUACUUGAUAGAGAACUUUGAAGCAAAUAAUAUCGUUGGCAAAAAAGUCCUUAAAGAAUACCUCGUUAACAGAAUUAUCGAAUAUACUUCUCUACAGAAUCCAUUUGGAGAUAUGACUUAUGAGCAUGGGCAAUUUGAAGAUCUGAAGCAAUUGAGAAUCCAAACCGGAGAGAAGUUUAUCAAGAUCACUGCUGAAAUUCCAGAUUAA